AUGCGGACCAGUCCUAUUUCACAGAUCACGCUGACUACGUUGAGCUUGUGGGCUUCUCAUACGCUCGCUGCCGACACAUUGAGUACUAAUGGUCUGUCAACGUGUCUGACGGAUUCGGCAAUUGAAGUCAACAACCUUGAUGUCACCUAUACCAAAUCAACAAACGAACUCAUUUACAAUGUCGGCGGUACGAAUGCGAAAGAACAGAAUGUUACUGGCUCCAUCACAAUCUACGCGUACGGCAAUCAACUUUAUUCCAAAAUCUUCGAUCCAUGUGGCACUGAGUACUACACGGCAGCUCUUUGCCCCGUGCCGGCCGGCAGCUUCCAAGCCCAGGGACAGAUGCAGGUUCCCGAUUCAAUCGCCAGCCAAAUCCCGUCGAUUGCCUUCGCCAUUCCCGAUUUAGAUGGUCAAGUGAAGCUUGAAUUGAUGUCUAAGGAUAACAACGAUGAAGAGCUAGCUUGCAUCCAGACAGAGUUGAGUAAUGGCAAGACGAUGCAGGUUGCAAGUGUAUCUUAUGCCGCUGCUGGUGUGGCAGGGGCAGCUCUGGCCGUGAGCGGGUUGUCUGCUCUAGGUGCUGCUGGUCACCCUGGAGCUUCGACAUCUAGUCCUACUUUCGGCGACGUGAUGACUUGGUUUCACACGAUGGCCACCAACGGGAUGCUCAGCGUCAAUUAUCCUACGGUCUAUCGCAGCUUUGCUAAGAAUUUCGCCUUCAGCACAGGCCUGAUCCCUUGGGGCCAAAUGCAAGAGUCUAUAGAUAAUUUCCGCCGGGUCACAGGUGGAAAUCUGACGGAAAACAGCUACGAGUAUCUGAGGAACGCUAGUCUGGUGUAUUCCAGCGGCUCUACAUCGAAUUCGAGCAGCAAGUCAAAACGAGCGCUUGAAUGGGCUAUUGGUGCUUCCCACCUGGUCGCCCGCGAGCUCACAACGUCGAAUUCCACCACCACUAAUAGUACCUCCAACAGUACCAGCAGCAGUGGUGGACUGCAGCAUAUGGUGUCGGGAAUCGAGGCAUAUGCGGAGCAACUGACUGUGCCGCAGGGGAACACGUUUAUGACCGUGCUACUUAUUUUCGCAAUCCUCGUUGCCGCCAUCACCGUUGGAAUUUUGCUUCUUAAGGUCAUCCUCGAAGUGUGGGCUUUGUAUGGAUCUUUCCCUCAGAAGCUUUCCAACUUUCGCAAGGACUAUUGGGGCCUCCUUGGGCGAACAAUCACCAACUUGAUCUUGAUCCUAUAUGGAAUCUGGGUGAUCUGGUGUGUCUACCAACUCAGCAGCGGAGAUUCCUGGGCGGCAAAGAUCCUGGCUGCUGUUGCUCUGGUUGUAUUCACCGCCGUGCUCUUGUUCUUCGGUAUUCGCAUUGCCUAUUUGGCGCGGAAGUUCAAAAAAUCUGAAGGUGAUGCGUCUCGCCUGUACGACGAUGGCGAAACCUGGCGCAAGUACAGUCUUUUCUACGAUAACUACAAGAAGGAUUACUGGUGGAUCUUCGUGCCUGCGAUUGUGUACAUGUUCGCUAAAGGUUGUAUCAUCGCGGCAGGUGAUGGUCAUGGGCUUGCGCAAAGUGCCGGUCAGCUUAUUGUCGAGGCGCUUAUGUUGGCCAUGCUGCUGUGGAAUAGACCAUACGUUGUCAAGUCGAGCCAGUGGAUCAACACCAGCGUACAAGUGGUACGCCUUCUGUCAGUUGUCCUUGUUUUGAUUUUUGUGGAUGAGCUCGGUCUCUCCGAGACGACCAAGACAGUCACCGGCAUUGUCCUCAUCGCGGUUCAGGCUGGCUUCACGGGCAUCCUGGCCAUUCUGAUCUGCGUUAACGCAAUCCUUCUCUGCUGCCGCGAGAACCCCCAUGCGAAGCGAAGAAGAGAAGCUGACAAAUUGAAUCGCGACAUGGACGACCUGACCCCCUUGGACGCCCGCGAGUCUCUCCUUAUGGACAACCCUCCUCGCAAGGAUUACGCCGAGAUGAGCAAAUUCAACUUCACCGGUCCCUACGAGCCCUACCGUGACCAGUACGAUCACCCAGGACGGCAGAGUCCCACUGGAAGUAUGGAUCGCCUAGUCAGAUCCGGAUAUCCCCUCGACGAGCGACACGAUCGUAUCGCAAGCCGGGAGAGUCGGCGGAGCCGUGACAGUCAUGAUGCUCCUGAAAAGCACCCUGCAACCACCCCCGGCUAUGGUUUUGCCUAUUAA